AAGGAUGUAAGUCGAAUGGUGAACCAUACAUAUAGCAAUUGUUUUCCUGGUAUCCAACGUGCAAGGGGUGAUUUUGAGAGUUCAGGCGGUAUGAUAACUGUCCUUCUCAAGGUCUGUUCGACCAUGGCUCAUAAUUAUGCCCUUGGUACUUUUUUAUUAUGGGAAAGCCACGUUUUCGAUUUAGGCUGCUCUGUCUUACAAACUGUCCUGGUCCUAGCGGAAAGAAAGGUUUUAAAAAAUCUCAAGCCAAGUCUGUAAAUCCUUACAUCCUUGGUACCGAUAGCUUGAGAAUAGAUCGAAAGUACCUGAUUUUGAAAUUACAAUACGCAACCCCAAACAACUCUUCUGGUUCCCCAAAACUCCAUCCUUCGAGAGUGAAACCGUAUAGUGAAUUUUACGGAAAAUUUUACCCCCACAUCCAAUAUAUUUUAUCAGCCAUAUACCAAAGUUUCAAAUAAUAUCUAAUUCCUAACGCUCCGAUUUUCCAUCCCGAGGUCGUGCGCGGCGUGUUAAAUUCGUCAUCUCCAACCUUUUCCAGUAAGCCCCUAAAACGGCACG